CGUGCACGUACCAGUAUAUAUGCAUAUGUAGUAUUACAUAAUUCAAAAUUAUGCUGAUAAUCUCGACCCUUUAAACCAUGUACCGGGGGAUUGUACGUACUUAGCACGUAUUUAGUAGCACGACUCGAAUGUCAGGGUCAUUCACAAUAAUUGCGUUGUCCUCGUGUUUCACGCCGUAUAACUACACUUUGUUUAGACAUUUAAAAAUGUCUAAGACAUAUAUGUGUGAUGCAGCCAUGACCGGAAUUUAAUUGAAGAGGAGACUAUGCUUUCUUCUGAUGAUGGAACUGUGUGCAUUAGUUUUGAGACACACUAUGACACGAACACACGAGGCAAGUGUUUGGCUGUGUGUGGCUCCUUGGAUGUUUUAGGAAACUGGGAUGUUAAACAGGCGGUCAUGGCAGAUGAAAUUCCAGAAAACUCUGGAAAAUGGAUCAUUGCAGUGAAACUACCUGCUAAUGUCAAGUUUGAGUGGAAAUGGGUUGUCGUUUGGCAAGAAACUCGCACCGCGUUCCGGUGGGAGGAAUGUGAAAAUAGGGGUACGGAACUCGAAGGACACGACUGCAAAUAUUAUGCCCCAUGGAAUUGCAACGCAAAGUAUCAAAUCAUCUCAGAAUUUCCAGAUAGAGAAUGGACUUUGAAGGAUGAUGAACAGACUCUUGGAGAUGAACAUGUUCCUCAGAUAACGAAUGCUUCGUCGGGCUACUUUACUAGUCUACAAUCCCUGAUGUCAUGGCUUUUUCAAAGUGUCAAAAGUAAAUUGGUGGCGUUCUAUUAUUCAAUAGGAGGACUUUUCCGAAGAGACAGUACACAUGAGCAUAGUGACUGACGUAUUAAGUGCAUUAUGUAAUGUUUAAACGAAUUAAAUGCUUACCUUUUUUUUAAUUUAUAUAACUAAGUUACAAUUAUGAACCAAUAUAAGAAAAUGUUGCAUAUUUAGUUAUCA